GUGAGCGAGGCACAGGCCGCCAUUGCAGCACGGGACGUGUCUGUGAGGCUUGGAGGCAAUCCGAUCCUCAAGUCGGUGUCGUUCGAGGCACGGCCUGGCGAGAUCGCGGGACUCAUAGGUCCCAACGGCGCGGGGAAGAGCACGUUACUUCGCGUGCUGGCGGGGCUGAUUCGUCCUGAUGCCGGAACGGUUUCUAUCGGGGAGACACCGCUGAAAGGCAUGAAUGCGGGUGAGCGGGCGCGCCGCAUGGCUUUCAUGCCGCAGCAGGAUGUGGCCCACCCGUUUACCGCAUUGGAGACGGUGCUGAUGGGCCGUUACGCUCAUUUGGGGCGGUUCUCACUGGAAGGGAACAGGGACCGCGAGAUAGCAAUUGCCGCAAUGGCCCGCACAGAUACAGCUCAUUUUGAGGGACGGCAGCUGGACCGGCUGUCCGGCGGGGAACGUCAGCGGGUGAUUCUGGCCCGCGCCUUGGCGCAGGAGCCUGGAGUCAUGCUGUUGGACGAGCCGUCAGCCAGCCUCGACCUGCGUCACCGGCUUUCCAUUAUGGAGACACUGCGAGCGGAGGCUGCUAAUAGGCAAGUCGCGGUCGUUAUCGCGCUGCACGAUGUAUCGUUGGCGGGACGCUACUGCGAUCGUAUCUGCUUACUCUCCGAAGGCCGAAUCGAAGCCGAAGGGAAACCUGUUGAAGUGCUCACGGCCGACAAUCUCAGGAACACAUUUGGAGUCGAAACGGUUGUGCAGAUGGACCCAGCGAGUGGCUGUCCACAGGUCUGGCUAGUUGGACCAUCUCAAUAA